AUGGUGUCUCCUUUGCCUGCGGCGCCGACACCUCCCGGUGGCAGCGUGCCUUCAAACGGCGAUCGCACCACCAAUCUGUUGAAUCUGCUCAAGUUUAGCGGUGCUGGCGGCCAAGCUUCACAGGCGCAGUCGCAACCUCAAUCUCAACCCCAAGCUCACCAGGAACCCGCCAGCUAUCAGCAGCAUCAACACCAUCAUUCGCAGUCUUCUCAGCAAUCCCAGCAGCAGCAGCAUCUUCAGCACCAGCAGGACUAUCAGCAGUCGCCCCAGCAGCACCACCAGCAGCCGCAACUGCAUCAGUCUCAGCACCAGCAGACGAUGCCUUCGUCCAUCCCGACACAAAUCGUCGCUCCCGCCCGCGCUCCCGCCGAUCCCACCGGUCUGCUCGCCGCUCUGAUGAAAGGAGCACACGACGGCGAUGAGUCGAGACCGGAGCCAUCCCAGAACGGCUCCUUCGCAAACUUUGGCGCGUCUUCGCCUCCCGACGACACUCGCGCAUACCUGCUGAAUCUGCUGAACCGCCCGAAGCCUAGCCAGAACGACAUGCUCCUGACCGAGUCGGCUCGCUCUAGCUUGCUCAGUCCCGCCCCCCAGCCCGGCGAGAACAUCCUUGGGAGAGUCCUCGCCGAGGCCGGUCAAGCUCCCUCCAACCUGUCGCACAUGUCCUCGAACUCCUUCGAGUAUGAUCCCAACAGCUACGCUCAAUCAAGUGGCAAUUACGGGACCUACUCGUUCCCUUCGACCCAGGACUCCAACCUGCAGCCUGCUCACCCGCAGCACCAGCAGCAAUACGGCUACAACAAGGCCAACAACAGCUUCGAGGAGCCUCAGAUCGCGUCGCCACAGAACCGCACACCCAAGUCUGGUUCCAUCUCGGGUAUCGCCCCACCUCAGUCUGCUGGCCAGUCACCUGCCGGCCCGGCUUUCCAGAUCCUGAAAAAGACCCACGAUUCCCCGAGCUCCCAUCACGGAAGCGAAAGCAAGCGCAUCAACAGCGAGCGCAGCCCUCUCGCCUCCCCCGAGCGUGUCCGCCACAGCAUUGGACACGGUUCUUCCCCUGCCGACAAGCUUGCUAACCCUACGCCUGGCUCAACUGCCUCGUUUGCGAGCAUACCCGCCGCGGACAAGAACAAGGAGACGGUCUCGGAGGCCAUCCACGACAUUGCCGAGCAGGCGGACCUCGAGGCCCAACAGGCUCUGGCUCGCGCUGAGGAAGAGCAGUCGCGGCCGGAGUACCUGCAGGAUCUCGAAGACAUGGACACCGCCCGGACCGAGAAAGAGUUCGAGGCGAGCGCCCACCACGCCGCCCAGGCCAUCAAGAAGGAGCUUGACCGCGAGGAGAACAGGGACCUCCUCGAGCGGGUCGUCUCUGCCGAGGUGGCGGAGGAGGUUCGCGAGAUCGUCGAGGAAGCUGCCGCACACGCCGUCGCCGACAGCUGGGAGAGCGCCGACCAGGACGAGAUCGUGGUGAUUGAAGAGGAAACUCCUUCGCCCGUCAAGGUCUUCAACUUCCCCAUGAAGCCUUGGAUCUCAAUCGGUCUGCAGGAUGGAGCCACCGACCCCCGCCCCCAAUUCCGUGAUGAUGCCAUCAUGGAUAUUGCGCGACUCAAGAAGGAGUUUGAUCAGAUCGACCGCAACCUUUACACUGCGACCGAGAACUACAUGGCCUACGGUAUGUCCAAGGCUGGUGGUCUUCGUGUCAUUCGACAGGAUGACGGCAAGGACGCCAAGAUCUUCACUGACACCAAGGACCGCAUCUUCAACGUUGCCAUGUCCGUCACCCCCGCCGACCAUACCGGCAUCCAUCGCGAGGCCAUCAUCGGCACCGGCAUCAGCGGCACGGUCUACUGGGUCCAGAUCAAGAGCGGCGAGAAGGACCACAUCGAGGACGCCCACCCUGAGCAGUACGGUUUUGCUCUGCCUCCUAUGGCUUCCCACGAAGGUGGCGAUGCCCCCGGUGGUGUCCUCAAGACCCGCGCCCGGACGUCGACUAUUCACCCCGAGUUCUUUGCUGUCGGCCGUGGCAAGUCGAUCAACAUCGUCUGGCCCACCUACAUCAUGCAGAACAACCUCUUCAAGCCCGGUCACGACCGUGUUGUUGACACCGAGAAGCUGGCCAAGCAGUGUUCGUUGAAGAUCAAUACUGGUAAGGCCGGUAAAGACUUCACCUUCAGUCAGGAUGACAGCGUGAUAGUGUCUCUUGACAAGUCUGGCCGUGUCAAGUUCUGGGAUGUCCGGGAUCUCACUGCCGCCCAGGAGGGCAGCGACCCGCGCUGGCCCAUGCCGGCGCACACCUCUCUUGAGAUCAAGGAGCCUCUUAUGACUCUCACCAGCACUCCCGAGGGUGAGAAGGCCUGGCCCACCUCUGUUCUCCUGGUUGAUAAGCUCCGCCCGUACCAGAAGCGCUGCGCCCUGCGCUACAUGAUUAUCGGCAUGAAGCAGAACCACACCCUGCAGCUUUGGGAUCUUGCCCUCGGCAAGCCGGUCCAGGAGUUCAACCUGCCGCACAGCAAAGAGUCUGACGCUGUCUGCAGCGUCAUGUACCACCCUCCGACUGGCAUGCUCGUCAUCGGCCACCCGACCCGCAACUCGAUCUACUUCGCGCAUCUUUCGGCUCCUAAGUACAACCUCAAGAGCGUGUCGCAGGUUGAGUACAUCCAGCGCCUGGUCGCUCAGGACACAUCCAUCCCGCAGCCAGACUCGACCGCCGUUAUCAGCGGCGUGCGCGAGUACUCGUUCGCGAACCGUGGAAUCCUCCGCAGCCUCGACAUCCUCUCCAGCCCUGCCAUGAGCCAGGAGACUGACGAGCCGACUCUCUUCGAGCUCUAUGCGAUGCACUCCAAGGGUGUCGCCUGCCUCUUGAUCAAGCAGGCUGAGCUUGGCUGGUCAAAGGACAACAAGGUCUUGGCUCCUGUCGAUGCCGUCGAAGCUGGCGUCGUUACCAUCUCCAAACUCAAGCCGCCUGCCGCUCAGCCUGCCGAGCCUGCCCACCAGAACAACGACGUGGGACACCCAUCGGCUCGCAACAUCGCUAAGGAGUCUCUCCUCCAGACCACUCCUUCCCAAGACGAUAACACUCCUCGUCGCGGCCCCGAAUCCGUGACUCCGGUCAAGAUUAUCAAGGCUGAAGCGAAGGAGGACGACACACCGGCUCCUGCCCCUCCCGUAAAGGAAGAGAAGCAGGAACGCAAGAGCCGAAAGAAGAAGGCAGCUGCCGCCGCCGCCGCCGCUGCCGCCGCUGCUGCCACCGAUCCCCAGUCCAACGGAUCUCCUCGUGCUGGUCCUUCCAACGGCAAAGACAAGCAACAGCAACAAUCUUCCAACACCAUCACCCAGGAGUCCGUCGAGACCGCGAUCAGCAGCAUGGAGUCACGCCUGCAGAACAGCUUCAACGGCCUCCUCAACUCAUCCUUCAAGACGCUUCACAGCCGCAUCGACGAUGGUCUGCGCGCCCGCGAGGCCGACUUCACCGAGCGCCAGGGUCAGCUCCUUAACAUGGUGUCUGACGUCCUCAACGAGAACACCCAGAAGGUGCUCCACGCGCUCAUCAACGAGCAGUUCAGCAACGCCGUCAUUCCCGCCAUUUCCGAUGUGGCUUCGAAGGCGGUGUCUGACCAGUUCUCCAAGAGCAUGAACGCCCAGGUUUCCCACUCUGUUCAGAAGGAGAUUCACAAGGCCCUUCCUUCCGCGACUCAGCACGCGCUGCAGAACGGCGAAUUUGUGAAGGCCAUCUCUGACAGAGUUGGUUCGAACGUCGCGGCCAGUGUUCAGCAGGAGGUCGUUAACACCUUGACCGCGCGUCUAGGUCCUUCCUUCACCAACAUGGCGGUUCAGGCUUGCCAGCGCGUCGCCGGCGAACUGCAGAAACAGCACCGCACCGAGAUGGAGGCCAUCAACGCUCAGCGUCUCGCCGAGACCAAGAAGAUUGACCAGCUGACCAACGUCGUCACUCAGCUCAUGGGCACAGUCUCCAGCAUGGCGGCUACCCAGGAGCAGUACCAGAACGAGUUUGUCAAGCUUCAACAGCACAUGGUUUCUCAGCAGCAAAUGAUUCGUGUCCAGGCUCAGCAGCAGCAGCAACAGCAACAGCAGCCUCAGGUGCCGCAUCACCACGCGGCGCCUUCCUACAACGCCCCCUCAGUUGUCAGCCAGGUCCCUAGCACGACGCAGAGCCACGUCUACAGCAACGUUCAGAGUCCCGACCGCGCCUCUCAUCACUCCAUGGGCUACGGCCACUCCCAGGCUUUGACCGUCGCGAAAAACCAGGAGAUGGACGCCGAUCUCCAGUCUCGUAUUGCUGUCAUCAACCAAUCCAUGAAGGAGGGUAGGGCCGAAGAGGCUGUCGUCCGAUGGAUGCAGUCUGGCCGUGAGCAAGAGGUGUUUGAGAAGUACAUGUCGAAGUACAGCCCUGAGUUCGUUCGUAACCUGCCUCAUCUGGUUCUCUUGACGGUGACCGCGACCGUCAGCUUGAACCUGGAGUCUUACACUCGUGAGCGAAUUGCUUGGCUUGAAAUGGUCGUCCACAGCCUGCAGGUCUCUCUGGGCAACAUGGAUGAGGAUGCUCGCGCAGUUACGCCAAAGAUUAUGGGUAUGCUGGUGGCUCGUGUCGAGGGACUCUUCGUCCGCAUCAGCAGCUCGGCGGGCAACGACCCGGUUCUCAAGAACCUGUCGCAGAUCAUCAUGAACGCCAAGCGCGUCAUCGAUGCCUGCCAGGACGAGCCCCAGUACGCUUAA